GCUUUUCCAUAAUAGUGUCCGGACAUCUUUGCUCCCUGAGCGGAAAGAAAAUUAAAAUAAAUCAAACAUUUAUUAUAACCUUCAUUGUAUGACUCUGAAUUCUAGAUAAUUCAUACUUUUGAAAGUGAAGAGCAUUGUCCGCAGAAUUAGUUCAACGCUGUCAUGUCCAAAGACACAUUUGCCUUCAGCUCGGCUUCCCUGCGCUCCCUGCGGCUGGAGCAGGAGCUCCAGGACUGGGAGGAUGAACGUCGGGCUCUGGCCCGUCGGAGGACGCUGGCGAGGACGCCCUUGCCGCCGCCGAGGACGACGGAGCAGCGCCGGAAUCAGCCGGCACUGCCGACCAAGACGCAACAGCGCUGCCGUGAUCCCGCCGUGCACAACACCUUCUUGAGCGGUGACAUCACCAGGGUGUACGCCGUUCUCAAGGACCCCACCAUGGUCAACGCCCUGAUGGAGACAGUGCAGGAGGAGAUGGUGUGGGCACCAGAGAUGGGGAUGUGGACGAUGGUGUCGAAGGCGAAGCAGACGUCGGCCCUGCGGCUGGCGGCGGGGCGGGGCCACGCGCGGUGCGUGGAGGAGCUGCUGCUGCGCGGGGCGGAGGUGAACGCCAGCCCAGGCGGGAGCACGGCGCUACACGACGCCUGUGCGGGCGGACACGCGGCCUGCGCCCGGCUCCUCCUCUCGCACUCCGCCCAGCCCGACCGCCUCUCCGCCGACGGCAGCGCCCCCCUGCACCUCUGCCGCACCCCGCAGAGCCUCGAGUGUGCCAGGCUGCUGCUGGAGACGGGCGGGGCCGGGGCGGACCUGCGCUCGCGGGACGGCGAGCUGACCCCGCUCCACGUGGUGGCGCGGCGCGGGCUGGAGGAGCACGCGGCCCUGCUCCUGCGGCACGGCGCCGACGUGGCGGCCCGCAACCGCGAGGGCGAGACGCCGCUGAACGCGGCCUGCGCCGGGGCCGAGCGGCCGGCCGAGGCACCCCGCUACCUCCUGGUGGCCCAGAGGCUGCUGGGAGCCGGGGCUGACCCGCGCAUCGCCGGGAGGAAGAGGCACACGCCCCUCCACAACGCCUGCUCCAACUGCUGCCCGCCGAUCGCCCGCGUCCUGCUGGAGCACGGGGCCUGCGCUAACGCGGCUAACUGCGCGGGCUACACCCCCAUGGACUGCCUCCUGCAGGUGGUGGAGGACUACCCAGACCAGCAGCCAGAGGAGGUGGCACGCUGGCUGCUCAACUUUGGGGCCCGGCCCGCAUCACCCAAGAUGCUGAAGCUCUGCUACCUCUCCCCUCUGACGCUGGAGGUGAUGCUGAACUCCUACACCGCUGUUCCCCCCUGUGAAGACUGGAUCGGCUCUGUACCAGAAGAGCUGCUGAAGGAGCACGCGCCAUUCUUCGAGUCAGCCUGGCGAAUGAGCGCCCAGCCGCGGUCCCUGCAGCACCUCUGCCGCUGUGCUCUGCGCCGCCACCUGGGGGCGCUGUGCCACUCCGCCAUACCCAAACUGGCCAUCCCCUCCUCCCUCAGAGAGUACCUGCUGCUGGUCACAGAGGGACAGCUACGAUGAGGCUGGGAGACAGGGAUGGGCAGUAUUUCACAUAGUAUUUGGCCUGUAGCGUAGUGGUUAAGGUAAAGGACUGGGACACACAAGGUUGGUGGUUCUAAUCCUGGUGUAACCACUAUAAGAUCCGCACAGCUGUUGGGCCCUUGAGCAAGGCCCUUAACCCUGCAUUGCUCCAGGGGAGGAUUGUCUCCUGCUUAGUCUAAUCAACUGUACGUUGCUCUGGAUAAGAGCGUCUACCAAAUGCCAAUAAUGUAAUGUAAUGAAUCAUAUUUGAAUGUAAGCACAGUAUUUCAUAUGUAAUGCAGCGAGGGUCAGCAACUCUGGCUCUCAAGUCCAAACCCAGCCCACGUUUUCUUUUCUCUGUGGAAAUUAGUGCUACUGAUAGCCCAGUCUUAACACCUGACUCUCAGGUAACGGGAGGGUGGGAAACCAGCAGAUGUUGGCCCUCGGGGACCUUAAGUUGCUGAUCCCUGCAAUAGAGGAUAUCUCUGUGCCACCUGCAAAGCAGCCUGUGCAUUAAAUUUGAUUGUAGCUUACAUAUGCGUUUAUUUUUGGAAGUAUUCAUAUUUCUUAACAAAAUAUAUUUAAGUGAAACUUUAGAAUGGUGGGAUCUGCCACACCUGAAAACCAGGAGGGGAAACUAGAAUGGAUAAGGGGCCUCCUCUGGUGACAGUUUUCUUAAGUUACGGUUCAGUUCCCAGGCAGUACACUGCCGUUGUGACCUUGAACCAGGUGCUGUAAUUAACCUGCAGUGUCUCAGGAAGCAGCCUACCCUCAGCCUGCCUUCGGAUAAAGCACAGGCUCAUUUAUACGAGUUGUUCGGUUUGUGUCAAGCUGAUGAAUUGUAACAAUAAUUUCAUAACCCUUAGAACGAGAGGGAAUGUAUAUGGUGUAAUAAUGGCUAAAUAAAAUGUAUGGUCUGUACAUUUUGUGCUCGGAAAAGUUUUGUGCUUUCUUUGUUCCUUGUGGCUUUCUUUGUGCCUCCUAAGCUUCUGAUGCAGAGCGUGCAGUAACAUCACGGACGUGGUCAGCAUGAGCAACUGUUCCUUCCCUGAUCUCACGGUGACCCGUCUCUGUCAGUUCACCUCAACACCGCAUUGCAUCUAUCUUCCGACCUCGUUCCUCUGAACUCCCUCCCUGCCUCCCACGACUACCACCUCGGUCCACCAUAGUCUCUGAAACCUCUCACCCUCCACACUUUCUUUUGAAGUUACUGUCUCCGUCCCAGCUUCUGGAACUUUCUCUCGUCUCUCUUCUGAUGCU